AAAAAGAUUCAACCAUUUUAUCAGAAUAUUAUGAACUUAUUUUUCGUAGUCUUGGUCGACCGAUUAAUGAUAAAGAAAUUAAAGUGAAUCAAUUACUUGAACAUCAAAAUCAAAAUGCUAGUACACGUUUAAUAAUUGAUUAUCUUGAUUUAAUAAAAAAAAUUAUUCAAUUACUUCGUUAUUCAAAUUUAUUUGAUUUUGAUCAAUUAUUAAUUUCAACCCAAAUUGGAUCUAUAGAAGAAAUUCGUGUUAAUAUUACAUAUCUUUUAUCUUUAUGUGAAUACGGUGAUCUACAUUUACGUGGUGCAUGUGCAAAUUUACUUGUUACAUUAAUUCAAACGACAAAUCAUCUUUUAACACUAUCAUCAUUAUCAAAUUCAUUUAAUAAUUCUUUUAUUAAUUAA